AUGAAGCUGAAUAAUGAGACAGUGACGGUGGAAUUGAAGAAUGGGUCUGUUGUUCAUGGUACUAUCACCGGAGUUGACAUGCAAAUGAACACCCAUCUCAAGACCGUCAAACUUACCACUCGUACCCGGGACCCCGUCUCCCUCGAUACACUUUCCAUCAGGGGUAACAACAUCCGAUACUUUGUCCUUCCUGAUGCCUUACCUUUGGAUACCCUUCUCGUUGAUGAUGCGCCGAAACCGAAGGGUCGCAGGGGCGCAGAGGCACCGGGAGCAAGAGCCCGAGGACGCGGUGCGCCGAGAGGCGGUGAUAGGGGGAGGGGCGGUGGGAGAGGGAGAGGACGGGGAAGGGGACGAGGGUUUUGA